AUGAAUAUUGGGAUGAAUCAAUCAAUGGGGCAGCCUAUGGGGACACAAAUAAGGCAAAUGAAGAGCAUUUCUUGUAUGUAUUGUGGUGAGGGUCAUACUUUUGAGAAUUGCCCUUCCAAUCUAGCAGAUGUGUGUUACAUAGGGAAUCAAAAUAGGAAUGGCCCUUAUUCCAAUUCCUACAACCCAUCAUGGAGGAAACAUCCCAACUUCUCAUGGAGUAACCAAGGGGCUGGCCCUAGCAAUUCUUUUAUGCCUCCAAGACCAAAUUUCCCACCGAGUUAUCCCCUACAAGCAUCACAACAAAGGCCACAACAACAAGCAAUGCAAUCUAGCUCUCUUGAGAACAUGUUGAAGGAGUAUAUAGUGAAGAAUGAAGCCAUGAUCCAAAGCCAAGCAGCAUCAUUGAGAAACUUAGAAAACCAAGUUGGGAAACUAGCUAAUGAGCUUAGAAAUAGACCCCAUGGUACGUUACCAAGUGACACCGAGAAUCCAAGAAAUGGGAGCAAAGAACAUUGUACAGCCAUCACUUUGAGAAGUGGGAAGGAGUUGGAGAAUUUCAAGACAAAUUCUGGGCAUGAGGGUGAGCCCUCUUCAAUCCAAAUAAAUGAGGAAAUUCAAAAAGAUUAUGAAAUUCCUAGUGUACAAAAAUGUGCCUCUGCCCAUAAUGCCGCAACACCAGACAGCUCAAUUUCAAAGCAGCCACCUCCAUUUCCCCAACGUUUUCAGAAGAAAAAGUUGGAUUCUCAAUUCAAGAACUUUCUAGAUAUGUUGAAGCAAUUGCAUAUCAACAUCCCACUUGUAGAGGCACUUGAGCAAACACCUAACUAUGUGAAAUUCAUGAAAGAUGUUCUUACAAGGAAGAGAAGGUUAGGAGAGUUUGAAAUCGUGGCUCUAACCAAAGAGUGUAGUUCAUUUAUGCAAGACAAGUUGCCAUCGAAGUUGAAGGAUCCAGGGAGUUUUACUAUUCCCUGUACUAUUGGAGAUACUUAUUGUAGGAUGGCUUUAUGCGAUCUGGGUGCAAGCAUUAACUUGAUGCCAAUGUCUAUUUUCAAGCAAUUAGGGAUUGGAUAA